ACACAACCAAAUUAUCGCAAGAUGGAUGCAGAAGCGGUAUUGGCCAAGCAUAACAAUGCUACAAUUCUUCUAAUGGGCCUCAGACGGUCUGGAAAAUCGUCAAUUUGCAAAGUGGUGUUUCACGACAUGCAGCCUUUGGAUACGCUGUAUCUCGAAAGCACAACUAAGCCAACUACAGAAAACUUCAAGUCUCUGAUUGAUCUAGCAGUGAUGGAGCUUCCUGGACAGCUCAAUCUAUUCGAACCUUCGCUAUACGACUCCGAAAAGCUGUUUUCGUCGAUCGGUGCUUUAGUGUACGUCAUCGACAGUCAGGAUGAAUAUUUGAGCGCACUCCAGAAUUUGGCGGUCAUUAUCAAGUAUGCCUGCAGCGUCAACUCUAAACUCCACAUAGAAGUGCUAAUUCAUAAGAUUGACGGUUUGUCGGAAGACUUUCGGCUAGAAACGCAAAGAGAUAUUAUGCAGAGAGUCGGAGACGACUUGCUGGACUACGGCCUCGAUGGUGUGCAAAUCUCGUUCUAUCUGACAUCCAUUUUCGACCAUUCGAUCUACGAGGCGUUCUCUCGAAUCGUCCAGAAACUCAUUUACGAGCUUCCAGCACUGGAAAACCUCCUUGAUCUCCUUAUGCAAUACAGCACGCUUGAUAAAGUUUUCCUUUUUGACGUGAACUCAAAAAUAUAUGUGGCCACGGAUUCGUCGCCCGUCGAUAUGCAAACAUACGAGGUGUGUGCUGAGUUUAUUGACGUGACCAUUGAUUUGGACGGUCUUUACGAGAACUCCGGACAAGAAGCAGACGGAACUGUCAGAAGCCAGCCAACCAGGUGUGUAUCAAAAUUACAAAGCGGGUCGGUACUUUAUUUACACCAGAUGAUUCGUGGACUGGCCCUGGUGGCAGUUAUGAGACUGGAAGAUGACAACGAUACUAACGCGCUGGCUGUGAUCGACCACAACGUGUUGGUGUUCAAAAAGAGCUUGGAAAAGUUAUGGGAACGGGCCAGAAUAAAAUAACACAGCUCCGCAUUUUGUAUUCCUAAUAUACACUAGUCAUCUCUAUGAUUUCUCUGCCUCUGUUUCUCAUUUUCAAUCUUGUUGUUUAUCAGCAUUAUUGCCUGUUGGAUGGCGAACGGGCUUGUGCUCAUUAAAGUGAGUUUUCUCUCUGUGGCGCCGGGAACCUCGUCAUUGACCUUGACAUAGCAUCCGGUUAUAGUACGAAUAUCUUUGAGAUUCUUCCCGCCUUUCCCGAUCACUAGCCCUAUGUGCAUUUGAGGAACGUAAAUGUCCUGGUUGAUUUUUUCCUGUCCUGAUUGUGCUUGCAUUGGAGCAGGGACUGGUGCAGCAACCGCCCCAGCAGCGGCGCCUGGGAUAUAUUGUCCAUAAGAUUGUUGAACAGGCUGGCCCAUGUAGGGGCUCUGCAUUAUUGGAGCCGGAACCUGCAUUACUUGAGGAGGAUAUCCGUUGCCGUAGGCCAUUCUCGAGACAUUGCCGCCGACUGGUGUGCUAGGCUGGUUGCAAUUGGCCGGAUUGUAGAACACAGCCUUGGCCAGAUGCUGUUUGUGCUCUAUCACUGUCUGUGCCACAUAAUACGUGGCUAUGUGGAUGGCGUCCGCGACUCCAGUGAUGUGGAGGAUUCUGUCUGUCGAAGCAGGGAGAAUCUGGUCGCUUGCUUUCAACGCUGCAGCGGAAUUAUCCUCGAUUUCCCUGAAUCUCGCUCCCCUUUUCCCUAUGAUGUAGCCAAUUAUCGUGUGGGGGAACAACAGCUUCAAAUUAAUUUGUUUUGAAUCCACGGUAGAAGCCUCGUUGAAAGGCUCGUCCAUGAUUGCCCUUGUGAUAAGCCCAAACGCUUUUGCAACAUACUCUGCAGGUCCACGCACGGUGAUGACGCGUUCGGGGAUACCCUUCAAAUUUUCGCUGACGUUCACUCUUGCACUGGACAUCUCCUUAAUUCUGUUGAUUGUCUCGCCGCCUUUGCCGACAAUGGCAGCAGUUUCGUUAAUUGAGCAAAGCAUUCGAAAAUGCACAUAGGUGGGAUCGUCAUUAGUUGGCCUGUGAUGCGCGACGGGCUCCGGAGUCUCAGGCUGCGGUACCCGUUCUUGUGACUGUUGGUCGCUAUCUGCACGUUGAUCCGUCUUAGAAGGCUCCAGUGAGUCUGCCUGGUUAUUGUC